AUGGCAAAUGACUCCCGGUUCCGGUGGGGUCAACCGGUGUCCACUUCCGCGCCUGGGAAGGUCCAACCAUCCGAAUGGCUCGGCCUGGUUUGCCAAAGUGUUCUCGAUCUGCUCUUCGAGUCGGUCUCAACUAUUUUCACAUCCCAGCUGGCUACAAUUGCAUGGCUAUUUCGGGCCGGAAUCAUGUCCUUGCUCUUCAGAAUUACCCCGCAUGUUGUCGAGAUGCGGUUACACAUCAGAUCAGACCAGGCCAUGUCAUGCAUGACGCAAGAGCUACAUUGA